AUGGCCACUGUUAGCCCUCGCUCUUUGGCUUUGACAUUUUGUAUGGUGAUUGGUAUUACCAUGUUAUGUAACUUUUAUGGUGUCUCGGCACAAUCAGAAUGCAAAGGAACCCCUAUUUAUGAACUGAUGAGUAAGUGCGAAAAGUUUGUCGAGCCAUCUGGCCCCAAGGUUCAACCGUCGGCGGAGUGCUGCUCGGCGGUGAAAGGCGCCGACAUCCCAUGCCUCUGCAAAUAUGUUUCGGGAGCGAUUGAAAAGAUGGUGAGCAUGGAAAAAGUAGUCUAUGUCUGUAGAACUUGUGGAAAGGAUCUUCCUGCUGGAAUGAAAUGUGGAAGUUAUACAGUUCCACCGCCCCAGGCCUCCUAUGUAAACUGA